GAUGGGAAUUGCUUACGGAAGCGUUUAAAAACCUCGUGACUGGAUGGAUAAGUUUCAUAUUCCACAUCUUCCGGAUCAAGUUAAGAAGUUAGAUUGGAAGGGGAACAUGUUUAAUAGAUGUCACGGUCCUACAGAAUGCUAAAAGACAUGACUUCGGAGAAUUCUUCCUUACUGCGUAACAGCAGAGAUGUUGCGUUCAUGUCUGGAUCAAUGGGAUCCACCAGUUCAACAACAAAACAAAGAAAAGUAAAACCAGGUCGACUACAAACAGUUUUUUCAAAAUAUGAGAGUCUGGAUUAUGAAGUCCCUGAGAACCAGCUUUAUGUUGAAGAGUAUAAAGCCAGCACACCUAAGGAACAUAUUACAACUGGUCUGUCGAGAUGGGUUGUGAUGUUUCUGGUUGGAAUCAUGACUGCUUUGGUUGCGGUUUUUAUCGAUAUCUGUAUUGAGGAACUUGCAAAAUGGAAAUAUAACUGCCUGCACGAUUAUUUGGAAAAGUACAUUUCAGAAGAUGUCAAAAUUCUGAUUCCAUUUUGUCUGUGGAUCGCCAUAGAUAUUGCGAUGGUAGGAUUUGCAGCAGUUUUGGUCUCAUAUGGAGAGCCUGUUGCUGCUGGUAGUGGUAUCCCAGUUAUAAAAUGUUUCCUGAAUGGUGUAAAAAUUCCUCAUGUUGUUCGUUUAAAGACUCUGGUUAUCAAAGCUGUGGGUGUAAUCUUUGCAGUAGCCGGGGGUCUUGCGGUCGGUAAGGAAGGACCCAUGAUUCACUCUGGCGCUGUUCUGGCCGCUGGGAUAUCACAGGGCCGCUCCAUCUUAUUUCGAAGGGAUUUCAAACUUUUUGAUCGUUUUCGCACGGAUCACGAGAAACGAGAUUUCGUGUCUGGCGGCGCGGCUGCUGGUGUGUCUGCCGCAUUUGGGGCACCUGUGGGCGGUGUCCUGUUCAGUUUGGAAGAAGGCGCUAGUUUUUGGAAUCAAUCUUUGACUUGGCGUAUUUUUUUCGCCUCGGUUAUUUCAACAUUCAGUCUGAAUUGGCUGCUCUCAAUAUAUCACGGUCACAGCGGAGAGCUGUCGUAUCCUGGUCUGAUCAACUUUGGAUCUUUCUCCGAUAUUCAGUAUUCUGUUUACGAAAUGCCUUUUUUAUUGAUCAUGGGGCUAAUAGGAGGAUUACUCGGAGCCUUGUUUAAUUUUAUUAAUCAGAAGUUAACAGUUUUCAGAAUCAGAUACAUCAAAUCCGCUUGGAAACGAGUCCUUGAAGCUAUCGUGAUUGCUGCCAUCACGACUUGCACUAUGUUCAAUUUAAUUUAUUAUUACGACGUUUGCCAACCAAUCGGUGUCAACAACAUAUCCCAACCAUUGCAGUUUUUUUGUAAAGAUGGUGAAUACAGUUUGAUGGGAACUCUUGCGUUCAGGACACCUGAGCAGUCAAUAAAAAGUUUGUUCCAUACAACACAAGCGACUUAUACGUUUCAAGUAUUGGCUCUAUUCUUCCCAGUCUACUUUCUGCUGGCGACAUGGACGUACGGUUCAUUCGUUCCCAGCGGCCUUUUCGUACCCUGCAUCUUAACAGGAGCUGCCUGGGGGAGACUCUUUGCUGUGGGGCUCUCAACGUUCCUUCCCAAUACAUUAGUCCGCGACACUUGUCUUUAUGCUGUUGUUGGAGCCGCUGCCUUUCUGGGCGGAGUUGUUCGUAUGACGAUAAGUUUGACAGUUAUUUUAAUGGAGGCAACGAGAAACAUCACGUAUGGUUUGCCAAUGAUGUUGGUUAUUAUGGUAGCGAAGUGGAUAGGUGACUUAUUUAACGAGGGUCUUUACGAUAUCCACAUUCGCUUAAGUCGCGCUCCAAUUUUGGGCUGGGACCCACCACAAAUGGUCGAGGGCCUCAAUGCCAGAAAUAUCAUGAACAAACCUGUUUGUUGUAUGAAUUUAGUAGAAAAUGUCGGUCGCGUUAUCGAACUUCUUAAAACGACAACUCACAAUGGCUUUCCUGUGGUAGAUCCACUGCCAGAGAACGAAAUGUCGGAGGGAACGUUUGGUGCAUUCCGGGGUACGAUUUUAAGAUCGCAGCUCAUUGUCCUUUUAAAACACAAGGUAUUUUUCGAAAGAGGAAAAGAACCUGCUAAACAUCAGUUGACAAUGAAAGAUUUCAGAGAUGCCUAUCCUAGAUUUCAGCCCGUUAGAACAAUUCGUGUUUCCCCAUUGGAGCGAGAAUGCUGUUUGGAUCUUCAACCAUUUAUGAAUGUCAUGCCGUACACUGUCCAUGAGGAAUCAUCCAUUUCCCGCGUUUUUCACCUGUUUCGUGCUAUUGGAUUACGUCAUCUUAUUGUUGUUGAUCAUCACAAUCAGGUUGUAGGCAUAGUGACACGGAAAGAUUUGGCCAGAUAUAGACAGUGGAGCCAUCGUGGCCAGACAAGACUCGAAAAGAUUCAUAUCACCGACGACAGCGCUUCCUCUGACGACGAAUAGGUGCGCUGGAGAUUAAACACCGCUAAAAAAUUAGUAAGCCAUUCGUGGAUAAGUUGACCUACCGUCAAAUUACUUACACAAAUUAGUCAAUUCAAUGAUGGUGAAUUCACACGCAGACCGGCAGAAACCGUUUUGCCGUUAAAUUCGAAAUCUGAUCUAAUUAUCCUUCAAACAAUAAUGGCUCUUCUGGUUCUGGAAGUUAGGAAUUCGAGUUCUGUAAAAUGAAAGAACUGCAGAUUAUUUUACAAGGAUACUAUUUUUCUAAAUCCGCGCAGCUUUGAAUUGAGGUCUUGAGGAUACACGAAACUAUUCGUAUAGAAUAAUACGAGUGUGAUAAUCGUUCAAGGAACAUAAAUUUUUUUACGGAGUAUAAAAGAUGGGAGAUUAGACUGUA